AUGCCAAAGAAGGGAAAAAAGAAGAAGGGGAAGAAGAAGGUGGCAGCCAUGACUGAGGAGGAGCGGCUACUCUUCCUGCAGCAGAAAGCCUUGGAGGAGGAAGAGCUCGCCAGAAAAAGGCAGGAAAUGCUCACUCAGUACCUCAAGGAGAAGCUGAAGAAGGAGGAGCGCAACAGCAUGGUGAACAUGCACAAGCUGACGGAGAAGUGGCGCACGGUCUUCCGGCAGGCGUGCACCGAGGAGCUGCGCAGGGACAUGUCCGUGCUCAGCCAGACCCUGGAGAGGGUGCUGGACCACAAGGACAGCGUCAUCGAGUGCCUGGUGGGUGACCUGAUGGAGACAGAGCAGCAGUGGUCCCGGGCGCUGCGCUCUCAGGUGGAGUGCGCGGACCAGCUGAUGGAGCUCCAGCGGGACAGGCUGGCCUCGCUGCGCGGCCAGUGGAGCGCGGAGGUGGAGAGGCUCAGCACCGAGUUUGAAACGGAGAGGAACCUGAUCAUGUCCCAGCAUGAAAAGGAGCUGAAGUACCUGGAGGAGGUGAGCUUUGCCAUCGAUCAGUACUACAGUGAGGUGGACAGCGAAGCUCGACAGGACUACCAGGGCACCUGCGACGACAUCAAGAACAAGACCGCGGAGGAGAAGAAUACGCUGCGGGUCCAGCUGGAGGGGGACGUGGAGGUGCUCUGGCUGCAGGUGCAGCAGGCCCUGCGGAGCUACACCGAGGCCACCGAGGGCCACUGCGUCACGUUCGAGACGCUGCAGGCCAGCGACCAGCGCAGCAACCAGGAGAUCAACAGCCAUGUGAAGAAGUUGCAGAAGCUGCAGGAGUCCAUCUCUGUGCUGCGGUGCAGGCUGUGCCCCAGCAAUAAGGGCCAGGUGUCGACCUGCGACCUGCGGACGGUGAAGGAGGAGGUGACCCUGCAGGGCCAGCAGCUGAAAGCCCAGCUCAGCAACACCCGGGUCCGAGACAAGAGCCUUCUCUCCAGCAUUAUCAUACAGAGCACUGCCGCAGCCAAGAAGCUGCAGGGCAUCAUAAGCAAGGGAGAGAAGCUGCUGAGGCUGACGGAGGUGUGCCGAAAGCUGGAGAAGGAGCGAGAGAAGGCCUUCUACACCAUCACUCUGAGCGAUAAAGAGCAGAGUCUGAUGAAGUACCUCAGCAUGGAGCCCCUGUCUGAGGAGCUGGCCCAGGCAAUCCUGAAGUACUCUGCACUGGACAGCUUCUGGCAGCCCUACAACAAGGCGCUGAUGGAGCGUCUGUGUCUGCAGAGGGAGCAGGAGAAGCUGAGCCAGGUGAACCGUCUGCUGCGCUCGCAGCUGCGGCAGUACCUGGACGGCAUCUCCGUCAGCGACGAGGUGCUGCGCCAGCGCAACCCGCUGCUCAUGGUGUCGCGGCCGCCGUACCGCCAGCGCCCGUCCGAGACCGCCCUGCCCCCGCCGCCGCGCGCCGCCAGGGCCCACGUGGUGCAGCUCACGCUGUAG